UUAUUGCUUUCUGCUCCACCCAUUGACUUUACUUACUUCAUAAUGGAUGAGGGGUCUAUAUCUAUUUAUGAAUGUAUUUGGCCCAUCUGUGGAGUUCUUUAUUAUUCAUUCCUUAAGGAUUCUGUUCCAGGGGGAUUAUUCCUCUUAUCAUACCUCUUCAUUCCCCUGAAAGCUUUUAGACACUCCCAGUGUCUGAGCGUCAUUUGUAACAUAUGAGACUUGUGAUAAAACUCAAAUAGCAAGUGUGUGUGUGUGUGUGUGUGUGUGUGUGUGUGUGUGUGUGUGUGUGUGUGUGUGUGUGUGUGUGUGUGUGUGUGUGUGUGUGUGUGUGUGUGUGUGUGUGUUGUAGGUGCUGGGAGAGGAAUAUCAACAUGGGCUACUGGUGGAUAAUACGCUGCCCCAUUCUGUUUGCAUAUCUGAUCAAUUUCUUUAUUUUCAUCCGGAUUAUCCAAAUCUUGAUGUCUAAACUCAAGGCUCAUCAGAUGAGAUACACAGACUACAAGUUCAGACUGGCAAAGUCUACUCUCACCCUGAUCCCCCUGCUGGGUAUCCACGCCAUCCUCUUCACCUUCGUCAUCGACGAGUCAGUCCCCAAGGGCUCCAUGCUGCGCCUCAUACGCCUCUUCUGUGACCUCCUGUUCAACUCUUUCCAGGGGCUGCUGGUGGCAAUCUUGUACUGUUUUGUCAACAAAGAGGUGCAGUCAGAGAUGCUGAAGAAGUGGAAGAGGUGGAAGCUGGGGAAGGACAUCGACGAGGAGUACCGCCACACCCACAGCCACACCCCGCACCCCAAGAGCACCCUCCAAGACCCCCUCCAACAACAACAACAACAACAACAACAACAACAACAACAACAACAACAACAACAACAACAACAACAACAACAACAACAACAAGGCAACAACCUAGCCACUGCCCCAGUCCCACCCCUAGCCCCGCCCCCCGGCACCACAGACGGUGGCCCCUGGACGGCGUGUUACCUCAGGGCCGACGCAACGGGGCCCCCUGUGUCCGCCGCCGUCCCCCGGGAGAAGCGCCGCUUGGUGGUCGCCUACGCCGAGGGGCGGGGCAACACUGGCACCAGCAUCACCACCACCUCCACCACCACCUCCUCCAGCACCAUCACCCACGAGCUGCUGUGUCUGGAAGAGAGGGGACAGGACCACCGGCCGGCCACCCGCACCGGCCAGCCCGGGGGCCUGUGAUCCCGCCACCAGGGGCACUGCCCGGGGACAAACUCACAGCAUCCACCCGGUGUCUCUGGUCGUGGCGUCGAGCACAAGCGUGGGCCCCCCCCCCACCCCACAGAGGAGAAGGGUUUCUAAUGUGCUGCUUCCGAAUGUACGAAUCUUUGUGUUUCUAUUGUGGAAAAUGUUUGAGGAUAUGACAUUGAAAAAUGUAUAUUUAUUGGUUUCACUUCGUAGUGUGUGUUUGUGUGUGUGUUUGCGUGUGUGCAUGCUUUUGUGUGCGUCUAUGUCUAUGUGAGUGUGGAUCUAGCCAACACACAUCUGACGUAUGUGUGUUGGCUAGAUGAGAAACUAAUUUUUAUGCAGAAUAUCCUUAGCCUUUCAUAACUGAAUGUUGUUGCAAGUGUAAGCAAUGCUUUUGUUUAUGUGGUGUAGUGUAUACGAUUUUGUGUGUGUGUGUGUGCGUGUGUGUGUGUGUAUGUGGCUGGGGGGGCUGGUUGCGGUUAAACAUCUGAUUUGUAUAUGAAGGCAAAACUCCUAAUUAUUUUUUACCUCGAAACCUUUGGGGGAACAAUGCAAAUAUGACUACAGCGCUACAAUAAGUGCCUCGGCUUUGAAUUUGAAAUAUGUAUUGUGUGAAGCUCUAUUGGGUGUUCCAGGUAAUCACUGUGACAUCCUGUUCCCCUCUGAGCCAUUCCCUCCUUUCACCAGCCUCUCUUAGCCUGGCCAGGACGCUUGUGGACAAGCUGAAGAUUCACAAAAUAGUUAUUGAAAAUAAUAACAAAGGUUUAACAUUACAGGCAAAGGAUAAUGGAUGUAAAAAGUUCAGUGUUUGUCAUUCAACCAGUACCAGUCACAGUAGUUGAGAAGGAAGUUAAGAAGAGAAUCACAACUGCCAAACAAUAAUAUGUAAUUGAGUAAAACAUCUUUGUUUUAACCUGAUAAUAUGUGAUCAAUGUGUAUGGAUAUUUGAUGCAUGUAAGUAAUAUGGUGUUGGCAGAAGUACCAUUACUGAUUAAUUACUGAAAUGUUACGACGCAAUGCUACUUUUACAAAUUUUUCCUUCUGUCAAAUAUUAUGUGAUUAAUUAUUGUUCUCCAAAUUAUUAUUAAAUGUUAUGCUUAGUU